AUGGCAUCUCGCGAUAAUGCCGGCUUUGAUCCCAGUGGUCAUGUUAAUGUCGACGUGAACAGCUACCAUCCGCAUCCUCCUGGUCCUCCUCCACCACAUACCAACCAUGGCAACAACCACGGGCAGGAUGGCAUCGACAAUGGAUCUCCCAUGACCCAGCAUCAUCAAGGGAUCCCGAUUCCGCAGCCGUUUGUGUUUGAUGGACUGCCUCAGACACCGCAGCAGCAGCAGCAACAGUCGCAUCAACAGCUUCAUCCGAAUUUCAAUGGGAAUGGCAGACAGACGCCGGAAACACAGCACGGUGCUACACAUAUACAUGCGCCAAGUGGAGGGGAAACCCAGAGUCAGAAGAGUAAUCGGUUGAGGAAGGCGUGCGAUUCGUGUAGUAUUAGGAAAGUCAAGUGCGAUGAAUCAGGUCCUCCUUGUAAAGCGUGCGCCGCCCUCGAAAUCCCAUGUACACGAAACCGUCCCAGUCGUCGUCGAGGUCCACCGAAUCGACAUGCGGAAGCCAUCAAGAAACGCAGAUUCGGGUUCGACUCUCCUACAGAUACAGGAGGCGGUGGUGGUGGAUUUGACUCUCCAACAUCACCAAACAAUGUCGCCGCGACUCUGGCAAGAUUCUCUUCUCAUGCGGUUCUGAAUGCCGAAUCGAUUUGCCCAUUCGAGACACUCGAGCUCCUCGUCGACGACUUCUUCACCUACAUCCAUCCUCUAUGCCCAUUUCCACACGAACCCUCUUUCAGAGCUGCUUUCAAAAGUCGACAGGAUCUCAGCAAUCCACUCUUUCUAGCACUGCUGGCUUCUAUGGUAGGAACUCUGGUUGCAUCGUUUCCCAGAAAGCCAAGAUUGCAUUUGAAGAAUCAGCGACGAGAGCAUAUGUUUCCCAACUCCAUCAGCUUGGUCGAGAGAUGUCACAAAGUUGCGGUAGAGGCGCGAGGGUCGGGAUAUCUUGAUAAAGAUCUCACAGUCUACGAUGCAGCGACCAGCUACUUCCUCGGUUUGUCCGCCGCAUAUACUUUUCAAUGGCGGCAAUGCAGGUUGUACUUUGGCGAGACUCUAACCAUUGUCAGAGUUCUCGGUGCUCAUCGAGUCAAAGAUCCUGGUUUCCAAUCUGCUGGUGGUCUGCCUGCAACAUUUGGUGCAGACGGGUCGGUUAUGGAAACGCCAAUGCAACCUGUGGAUUGCAUCAAACAAGAAAUUGGUCGAAGAAUAUUCUGGAUCAUGGUCGUGGGAAUCAGAUCCAUGCAGCAAUUCGGCGCAAGCUUUGGAGAGCUCAUCAUUCCUCCAUCCACACCAAACGAACCCUAUCCUCCAUUCCCCUUGGAGAUUGACGACGAAUACAUAUAUGUAGAUCACAUCGAUCUGCAACCUCCUGGCACCAUUUCCAAGCUCACUGGCUUUAACAUUGGCAUCAAAAUUUACCUUACCGUUUCGCCCGUCGCAACCAUGGAGAUGGCAUAUGGUAUUGAUGAGGUUUUCGAUUGGAGCCGACAGAAGCGCAUAGUGGAGGACUGUUUGAUGUCAGCAAAAAAUGUUCUCAAUGGGAUCCCAUCUGAGCUACUUCUACAACCUGGCACCCAACAUGGUGGAUUUCCAACAGAUGAUCAACAAUGGUUCCCACCUGCUACCGAAUACCCGGGAGCUAGGUCGAAUGGUGUGGAAAUUUUUGAGAUGCCAACUACUCUUGAUGGACGUAGAAGACUUCAAUUUGAGAUUCAAAAAGCGAAUAUUUACGCCAGUCAGCUUGCAACUAGAUCAUACCUCGUAGAAAAGUAUUGGAAUCUUCAAGAAUCAUACGAACGAAGAAAGGCGAAUGCUGAAACAGCAGAAGCACUUGGUUCUCCUGGUCUUUCGACUGGAUUGGAUGGUCUGCUUCCAAAACAACCAGCAUCUAGCAAUCCUGAUGAUGUUGAAGAGAUUGUUUUCAGAGAGAGAGAGGCUAUCGUACAGGAUUUGCUUCAGGUGUUGGGAAGUAUUAACCAGACUAAUAUGGAACCUAAUGCAGGCAGCUUCAUCAACAAAAUCCGUCAAAUCGCAUCAACGUUAAUCGACACACCCAACCAACGCAAAGGACCCCUCGCACUCAAAUCCCAAGACUAUCUAGAAAGAUUCCUGGACGUCUUGAUGAAACUCGAACGUGUGAGUCCCGGAUUGAAGAAUGAAACGGGUGAGGUUGAUGAGGAAGAGGAGUUGAGGAAUUGGGCGGAUUUGAGACAGUAUCAGAUGGCCUUUGCGCAGGCUGGGGGGUUUUUGACGGAGAUUGGGUGA